AUGGUUGAUUCAUCAAAACUGUUAGAAUGGGUAGAAUCAGCAUCUGCUUCUGCAAAUCUUGACGAAAAAGAAUCUAUAUCAUAUGACACAACUACUGGAUUAAAACAUAGUCUUAAGGACCGUCAUCUAAGUUUAAUUGCAUUGGCAGGUAUAAUUGGUCCAGGUUUGGCCGUUGGUGCUGGGCUUGCUUUGAAAUCAGGACCCGCGGCUUUACUUCUUGGUUUUGGAGUGGUUGGUAUCUUGGCCUUUUGUAUGAUGCAAAGUCUUGGUGAACUAGUAACCAUGUACCCAACAGGUGGUACAUUUUCGACAUUAGGUGCUAAAUUUGUUGAUUAUGCAUGGGGGAGCGCCGUUGGAUGGAAUUACGUCAUUAUUUGGGUUGCUGUUUUAGCAAAUGAAUAUAAUUCAACUGCAUCUAUUCUUCAGUUUUGGGGCCCACAAGUUCCUUUAUAUGGAUAUAUCUUGAUGUUAUGGGCAUUUUUCACUGCAUUCCAGUUCUUGGGUGUAGGUGUUUGGGGUGAGUUUGAAUUCUGGUUAGCACUCACCAAAAUUCUUGGAUUCGUGGCAUUUUAUAUUUUCUCCAUUGUAUAUGUUUCUGGUGGAAUUAGUGGGACACCUGCUUUUGGGUUUCAUUAUUGGAAUGAUCCGGGAGCAUUUGCUAGCUCGAAUGGGUUCAAGUCAUUUGUUGAAACUUUAACAUUUGCAAGUACUUUUUACUCUGGAUGUGAAGUGACUGCUCUUGCUGCAUCAGAAUCUAAAAAUCCACUGAAAGCCAUGCCAACAGCUAUUCGCCAGACUUUUUGGAGAAUUUUAAUUGUUUAUAUUGGUGCUGCAAUUGCUUAUGGUAUGACAGUCCCAUACAAUGACGAAGCUUUGUCUAGUGGUAGCAAAACCUUAAAGUCACCAAUGACUAUUGCAAUUCAAAGAGCUGGUUGGGAAGGUGGUGCUCAUUUAAUCAAUGCUUUUAUUAUUGUCAUUUGUAUUUCUGCCAUUAGUUCAUCGAUUUACACUGGAUCUAGAGCUAUUGUGAAUUUGGCUCAUGAAGGUGCUGCUCCGCGUUUCUUCAAGAGGGUCAACAAGCAAGGGGUUCCAUAUCCUGCGGUGAUAUUGACAAGUACUUUGGGAUUGAUUUCGAUGAUGAAUCAAAGUACAGGUGCAGCUAAUGCAUAUCAAUACAUUGUCAAUCUUUCUGGUGUUGCUGUUUUUAUUGUUUGGGGUAACAUUAUGUUUUAUCAUUUGCGAUUCAGAAGAGCAUUAAAGGUACAAGGACGUUCUUUAGAUGAAUUGCCUUAUAAAGGGUUGUGGUAUCCAUAUUUACCAAUCCUUGGAUUGGUUUUAAACAUUCUUUUGGCAUUGAUUCAAGGUUGGUCCUAUUUCAAACCAUUCGAUGCUGGAAACUGGGUAGAUGCUUAUAUAUUAUUGCCAUUCUUUGGUGUUUUAUUUCUCUGGUUCAAGUUUUGGAAUAAAACCACAUGGGUCAAAUUGAGUGAGGUUGAUUUAGACAAAGGUAGAAGAGAAGAUGUAGAGAAAGACCAAAAAGGUUCCAGCAAAUGGAUUAUAUAA